UCGUCUCCCUCCCUCCCUCCCAUGGCGACGCCGCAAGCCCUAAGCCCCACCCUCCACGCCUCCUUCCUCUGCUCCCUCGCCCUCGCCCUCCGCCGCGCCGGCCGCCUCUCCGCCGCCUCCCACAUCGUCUACUCCCUCCCGGCCUCCCCACCCGCGCCCCUCCUCCGCCGCCUCAUCCCCGCCCUCGCCUCCUCGGGCCUCGCCGCCGCCGCCAUCCGCUUCUGCCCCGUUCCAGGUGACCCCCUCACCUUCAACUCAAUCAUCCUAUCCUACUGCAACCUCCGCUUGCUCCGCCCCGCGCUGAGCCUCCUCCGCGCCUCCUCCAAGCCCCACUCGCACCUUGUAGACACCGUUAGCUAUAACAUAUUCCUCUCUGGACUCUCCGAGCACGGCAGCGGGGACCUAGCUCCGGCCGUGCUCGCCGAGAUGACCAAGCGCGGCGUGCCCUUCGAUUGGGUCACCGUGAACACGGUGCUCGUGGGGUUGGGCAGGAGGGGUCGAGUGGACGAAGCGGCGACCUUGGCAGAGAUGCUGCUCAGAGGCCGAGGAAUCGACAGCUUAGAUGUGGUGGGGUGGAAUGCUCUAAUUGAUGGAUACUGUAAAAUCCAGGACAUGGCUGCGGCAUUGGUGGUGGCGGAGAGGAUGAGGACGGAAGGGGUGGGACUUGAUGUGGUGGGGUACAAUAGCUUGGUUGCCGGGUUUUGCCAUGCCGGUGAGGUUGAUGCUGCGUGGGACAUAGUGGAGACGAUGAAGGCGGAUGGUGUGGAGCCGAAUGUUGUGACGUACACGGUGUUCAUUGGGGAGUAUUGUAGGAGGAAAGGGGUUGAGGAGGCGUUCAAUUUGUACGAAGGAAUGGUGAGGUUGGGUGUGCUGCCGGAUGUGGUCACACUUAGUGCUCUUGUGGAUGGGCUCUGUAAGGAUGGCCGGUUCUCAGAGGCGCAUGCACUCUUCAGGGAGAUGGACGAGAUUGGGGCUGCGCCGAACCAUGUCACCUAUUGUACGCUUAUUGAUUCAUUGGCGAAAGCGCGGAGGGGAAAUGAAUCAUUUGCUCUAUUGGGCAAGAUGGUUUCGAGAGGUGUGGUCAUGGAUUUGGUCAUGUAUACAGCUCUGAUGGACUGUUUAGGUAAGGAAGGAAAGAUCGAUGAAGUGAAGGACAUAUUUCAAUGCGCUCUAUUGGAUAAUCUUACUCCCAACUGUAUUACAUACAGUGUACUGAUCAAUGCGCACUGUAGAACUGGCAAUGUGGAUGGGGCAGAGCAGGUGCUGUUGCAAAUGGAGGAGAAAUCUGUUAGCCCAAAUGUUGUUACAUUCUCAUCGAUCAUCAACGGUCUUGUUAAAAGAGGAUGGCUCAGGAAAGCAGAUGAUUAUUUGAGGAAGAUGAAGGAAAGGGGCAUUGCUCCAAAUGUUGUGACUUAUGGAACACUUAUCGAUGGCUUGUUCAAGUUCCAGGGGCAAGAAGCAGCUCUUGAUAUGUACCAUGAUAUGUUGUGUGAGGGUGUUGAAGUAAAUAAUUUUGUUGUUGACUCACUGGUGAAUGGCUUGAGAAAAAAUAGGAAAAUGGAGGAAGCUGAAGCAUUGUUUAAAUAUAUGAGUGGACAGGGUCUGUUGCUGGACCAUGUAAAUUAUACCACCUUAAUCGACGGGCUUUUUAAAACAGGCAACAUACCAGCUGCUUUUAAGGUUGGUCAGGAGUUGAUGGAGAGAAACUUGCUGCUUGAUGCUGCUGUCUAUAAUGUGUUUAUCAAUUGCCUUUGCAUGCUUGGCAAAUUUAAGGAAGCGAAAUCCUUUUUGACAGAGAUGAAAAAUGCGGGCUUAAUUCCUGAUCAAGCAACAUUUAACACUAUGAUAGCUGCACAGUGCAGGGAAGGAAAGGCCCACAAAGCUUUAAAGCUACUUGAUGAAAUGAAGCGGAGUUCCAUAAAGCCUAAUCUCAUUACAUACACUACACUUGUUGCGGGUCUUCUCAAGGCUGGGUCUGUGGAGAAGGCAAAGUAUUUGUUAAAUGAGAUGGCUUCUGCUGGAUUCUCUCCAACCUCUCUGACUCACCGAAGGGUGCUGCAAUCAUGUUCUGUAAGCCGGCGAUCAGAUGUGAUUUUGGAAAUUCAUGAAUGGAUGAUGAAUGCUGGUCUUCAUGCUGAUAUCAUUGUCUAUAAUACACUUGUGCAUGUCUUGUGUUACCAUGGAAUGACAAGGAAAGCUACAGUUGUUUUGGAUGAUAUGUCAGGGAGAGGAAUUGUACCAGACACCAUCACAUUCAAUGCUCUCAUUCUCGGCCAUUGUAAAAGCAGCCAUCUAGAUAAUGCAUUUGUGAUGUAUGCUCAGAUGCUUCGCCUAGGUCUCUCACCAAAUAUAGCUACAUUCAACACACUUCUGGGUGGUCUUGAGUCCGCUGGAAGAAUUGAAGAAGCGGAUACUGUGCUCAGUGAGAUGAAGAAGAUGAGCCUUGAACCCAAUAACCUCACCUAUGAUAUACUUGUUACAGGAUAUGCAAAGAAAAGCAACAAAGUUGAAGCAAUGAGGCUGUAUUGUGAGACGGUGAGUAAAGGCUUUCCUCCCAAAGUAAGCACAUAUAAUGCACUUAUAAGUGACUUUGCUAAAGCUGGAAUGAUGAGUCAAGCUAAAGAGUUGUUCAAUGAAAUGCAAAAGAGAGGAGUUUUGCCUACAUCCUGCACUUAUGAUAUCCUUGUGAAUGGAUGGUCAAAGCUUAGAAAUGGAAAUGAGGUGAGAAUACUUCUCAAAGAUAUGAAAGAAAAACGAUUUAGCCCAUCUAAAGGCACUCUUAGUUUUAUAUCCAGAGCAUUUUCAAAGCCAGGGAUGAAAUGGGAAGCUCGACAUUUACUUAAGACCCUUUUUAAAGUUUAGGAAAAAUGAAGCGUUGAUUUAUUAUCUGCCAAGGACAGAUGGUGUAGUCAAGACGGUUCUUAGCAUGACUAUACGGCUGCAGUCAGGGUUCUAAUUGUUGGAGUGUCUAAUCUCAACCUGCUGUUUGGUGCAUAGAGUUUGUAGCAGAAGUAACUAAUUCUGAAAACAGAUAGGCAGAUGCUUCAGAAGUACAGCUUGGUGUCUGGAAUCUGGACUUACACUAGCUAACCAGUGAAACCCGAAGACACAUACUUGUUGCAGUAUGCUGCAUCAAGAAAGCAAGUGGUUGGGCAGUUUGUCGCUCAGGGAGUAUGGACUCAAGCACCUUUUGCAAUCAAGGAUCCAUUUGAUCAGGAUGACUGGACCGCUUAUCCUAAACUCACUGAUGAAAUUGGACAGUAAGUCCAGAUUGUAGGAGAUGAUCUUCUUGUAACUAAUCCCACAAGAGAUACCAAGACAACCAGUGAGAAGACCUGCAAUGCUCUUCUGUUGAAAGUAGAAUCAUUGUCGUUUGGAAUUACUGAUCUUUUCAUAGGGUCAAAUCAAGACAGGAGCUCCCUGUCGGUCUGAGCAUCACGUGAAAUACAACCAGGAUCAAAGAAGAGCUCGGCGGCGACAGGCCAUAUGUCGCGCCAACGCGCGCUAUUUUCUAGACUAUAAGUAAUACUGCUUUUCUCUUUUGGGAAGAAGUAGUAUUCAUGAUGCUUUCCUUUUCUUUUCCUUCUGAGAGACAAGUAGAUGCUACUGCUGGUUAAUUUGGCCGUGAUUAACUAACAACUUGUGCCGAAUGGGCCAUUAUUCCAUCCUUUCUCUCUCAGCAGACGCGGGCCGUUGGAUCGGCUGGAGCUCGAAUCCCCCUUGUGUUUACAGCCGCGGGUCCACCACAUCCAAGAAGCCCAUUCAGCCGUCCUCUCGAUUCCCAGAUCCCAGUUGCUCAACGCUGACACCGCUAGCCCUAGCCACCACCUCCUCUAAUCCUCCAUUCAUCCUCCUCUAAAAUCCUCGUCUUUCUCCCUCCUCGGAUCAUGACGGUGAGGCUACGGAGUGCCUCAGCGUGUGCCGACCAGAUCCGCAUAGGGCGUCGUGGGUACAUGGGACGUCGGUGGCAGCGCUAAAGGCCAGAAGAAGGGCUGGGUUUCUCGGGACUUGUUGAUUGUCGGCGCCGGUGACCUACUCGGCGAUGACUACCCUAUUCCGGUACGACACCUGUCCUGACUCCUUCCAUCUCUGAUAUAAUUUUGCAAUAUCGCGCCACGCCGCAGGAGAAGUGCAACUACAAACCCUAGGAAUGGGGAGAACGCUCGUCGCCUCGCUCCCCUUGCCGUCCGCUUUCCCGCACCACACCUUGACUCCGCUCAUACCCUGGCAUCGCAACGGAUACGAGCCACCCAUCCCAUUUAUAGCACUUUCGAACUUAUUAGAUUUAGGGUUUCCAGGCUCCAGAUUAGAGGAUCCAUUGCUAUAUUUGAAAAAUACGGGUGAGACUAUUUAUGUUUACUUUGGUUUUCAAGGAACUAUGGCCCUUUUUGUUGGGGAUGUUAGGCGUAGAAUGUUCACUGCAUAAAUAAAUGUAUUCUAGUUUUAUCUCCAUUUUCUCCACACAGUAUGUAUCGAAUGAAGCAAGUUUAUAGGUUCAGAACCUUGGCGCUAUCAUGCAGAUGCAGCAACAUGUUAAUACCAGCUAUCUGUAUCAUUACUUGAGGGAUGUUGGCUAUUAGAUAGUGCCCUUUAGUAUAAAAAAGAGAGAACGAACUGAGUCUUAGCUUUGUAUCAACUGUAAAAGGAAUCAGCUUUUGAGGAUCAACUGUAAAAGGAAGCACCUUUCUGGCCCUGUUCUCAAUUGGCUUUCACACGGUUUCGACUGUUGAGUUUUUGUGAUGAGUUGCAUAACAUAUAGGUGUGGAUAGUUAAAUAUUUAUUUGUUUAAUGUGAAGCAAAUAAUCCUAUUCCUAUUCUUAAUGAAUUUGACUGGCCUUUUUUAGUAGAAAUGGCAGUGAAAGUAACACCAAGCCAUGGAGGGAAGCAGGCAGGCUAGCGAUAAAAGACGUGCCCCCUCAAGGUCUCUGGUUAGAAGUCGCCUCCCAAUAGCAUAUGCUAUAAUUUCUAGAGUAUAGGUUAGUUAUUGUUGGUUUUGAUGUUUUUACUGUGUUGAUUUAUGUCCUGAACCGCUAAUAGUUUGGUGUCCAUGAUUAUUAGUUAUUAGGUUCUUACACAUUCAAUUUAGUUUCCUUGCAGGGUAAAACAGGACUUGUAAUUUGAUUUGUUAUAUAGUUAUUGAGGAAAGCAAUUUGUUAUUUAUAUUUGCUUCUUUGUUUCUCUGAAUUUCCCCCUUUAUUUCUCCGAAUCAAAUGGAUCGCAUUGCUUGAUAGAUCUUGAUUCCUGGUAGGUUUUCCUCAUGGAGCGUCUAGUAUCUUUGGAUCUUGCUUGGAUUUAGUGCUUUUUCUUAACCCUUUUUCUUUUUUAUGGUUUCAAAUUUAAAUUAUCAAAUGACAUGCAUCAGUUCUAAACUUUAAUACGGCCAUGCUCAAAAAAAUUCCUGGUCAGCCAUGCUUGAUGUAAGUAAAUGCUUGCUUGCUAUGUAUGCUUGUCACUUGGUCUUAUGGGCCUGUUGGUGUAUGUCACCGAUAGUGUAUUAGUGCUAGAACUGAAACUUUACAUUUACAUUUAGAUUUUUUUUUGUUAGAAGGCAUUAGUGUCUUACCACUCCCCUAGUAUGUGGAAUCUAUUUGUAGUAUUUUAUUUUGUCUGCUGUUUAGGUGAUUAAAAUUGUUAGAAAUCCACGAAAUUUCGGGGGAAUUCUGGCAAAAGUGAUAUUCCCUGCAUAGGAUAUGAUGCUGAAGCUAUCUAGGGAUAUUCAUAAUCAUUUUAUCAGGUUUAAGGCAUAUACUGCUCCACACCUUGAUAUUAUGGACAAUCAACAUGACCAGACGAGAAUUCUUAGGUAGGCUGAGGAAAGGAAUAUGUCAGUCCCCAUGGUUUACAUAGUAUACUAUCCCUGGUCCUGGUUUUCCCGAAAGGGUUAUGUUGCUCAGCUAACAUGUCUUUCCCUAAUAGUUAACUCUAGCUUCCAUCAAGGUCCGAAGUGGCUGUGGUGGCCAAGCAUCCUAGAAUUCAUGUAGUCAGAAUUUCAAAGCUUUAACCAUUGCUAUACAUGAUAUAUCGGAAUAGGAGGUUUAACGCUAUGUUAUGCAGUAAUUUCCUUUUGGGAGUCAAGUUUAGAGAUUAUAUAUGGUCCAAUCAGUCUUAAUUAGCAGGACUGGGUUACUACACAUGUUUUGCAGUGAGAAGACGCAUACUCUGUUGUUGUGCAAUAUUAGUGGCCGAGUUAGUUCGUGUUUGAGCGACAAGUUUCUGUGCUAACCUGGCACAUACUUAUGUGAUAGCUUUACCCAACUUUCUGUUUUUCUCAACUAAUUUCACAAAUGGUUAUAUUCCAGAACUGACUUAGGAAUGAAAUUUUGUUUUGCAUUUUGAUAUUGGAAAUGUUUUAUACUAUCUUGUAAUUGUCUUCAUUUCAACUUGCUCUCAUCUUUUAUUUGUACACUGCUGUUCCA